AUGAAUACAUUAACGUUUUUCUUUCUAUUUAUCCCUGUAUUAGUAUUAGCUUUAUUAGUAAUUAAUCAAUUUACAGCUGUUAAUAAACCUUAUAGUGAAAAAGUAUCACCUUAUGAGUGUGGAUUUACUCCUUUAGGAGAUUCUCGACAAAAAUUCUCUAUUCAAUUCUAUCUAGUAGCCAUUUUAUUUAUCGUAUUCGAUAUUGAAGUAUUAUUCUUAUUCCCAUUUGCUGUUACUUUAUAUGAAGUUUCAUUAUUAGGAUUCUGGGUAGCUAUUAUUUUCUUAAUUGUUUUAACGAUCGGAUUUGUUUAUGAAUGGAGUAAAGGUGCUCUUAAAUUCACUCGACACUAA